CAAAUUUUGCUGACUGUAUACUUUGCCAUGGAGGAGAUCAAUAAGGACAAACAAUUGCUUCCUAAUAUAACCAUGGGUUUCCAUGUCUACAAUUCCUUUAAUUCUAACAAAAGAACCCUGGAGGGCCCUCUGAUGUUCUUGUCUGGGAGGAGUGAUCAUAUCCCUAAUUACAAAUGCAAAACAAAACACAAAGCUCUAGGAAUCAUUUCAGGAACCUGGCCAGAAUUUUCUGCUGCUAUUGGAACACUUUUGGAGCUCUACAAAGUCCCACAAGUCACAUAUGGACCUUUUAAUGCCGAGCUAAGUGACAAAGUUACAUUCCCAUCCCUUUAUCAGAUGUCUCCUAAAGACAGAGGCCUAAUCCAUGGUGUGAUCUCUUUAUUGCUGUGCUUUGGCUGGAAUUGGGUGUAUUGCCUGCCCAAGAGAUUGACCUUCUUGUCCUUUGAAGAUCCUCUGGGCAUGGCUCUAGCCUGCACAGCUCUAUGCUUCUCUGUCAGCACAACUGCAGUUUUGGGGAUCUUUCUUAAACACCGAGAAUCACCCAUUGUUAAGGCCAAUAACCGGACUCUCAGCUACAUCCUGCUCAUCUCCAUCCUCCUCUGUUUCCUCUACUCUUUUUUCUUCAUUGGCCGUCCAAACACAACCUCCUGCAUACUGCAACAAAUAACAUUUGCACUUGUGUUUACCUUGGCUAUUUCCACCGUUUUGGCAAAAACUAUAACUGUAAUUCUGGCCUUUAGAGUCAUGAAACCAGGGAGAACAAUGAGAAGAUUCUUUGUCUCAGGUGUCUAUAAUGCUGUCAUUCCCAUCUGUGUCCUGAUCCAACUUAUUCUCUGUGGAGUCUGGCUGGGAACCUCACCUCCCUAUAUUGACACAGAUGCACACUCUGAACAUGCUCAAGUCAUCAUUUUAUGCAACAAGGGCUCAGUAACUGUUUUCUACUGUGUGCUGGCCUACUUAGGGUCCCUGGCCCUAGGCAGUUUCACUGUGGCUUUUCUGGUGAGGAACCUGCCUGACACAUUCAAUGAGGCCAAGUUCCUGACAUUCAGCAUGCUGGUGUUCUGCAGUGUGUGGGUCACCUUCAUCCCUGUCUACCAGAGCACCAAGGGCAAAGCCAUGGUGGCUGUGGAAGUCUUCUCCAUCUUGGCCUCCAGUGCAGGACUUCUGGGAUGCAUCUUUUUCCCUAAGUGCUACAUUAUUCUCUUAAGACCUGAUAUGAACUCU